CCCGUUCUACCACUGAGAAUUUCCUCCGGGAUAACAACAUCUCGACUGCCAGUUCCAGACAGUCCUGAUCCAGCCAGGGUGCUCGCGGAAACCAUGGGCAAAAGGAAGGUUGGUGCGCUCGAGAAACUCGAUGCCGAUCUCGCAAGUCUGCAGUUCAAAGUACGGUCCGACCCCCAGAGCUAUGCCGAAGAGUUUCAGCGGCAGUACUCGGCCUACCUCUCUACCAAGGAGGUCUUCCUCGACAACCCGGCAAACGUGACCAGGGAUGUCUCCCAGGACUUCCAUGACAAGGUUGACUUCAUCGCCCACGUUUCCGACUGCUUCAAAGAAGAGACAAAGACAUUUCCAGACGACCUGAAGGAGGUGCUGACCCAACACCAUGCAAUCCUUCCUCCCGACGUGCGCGAGAAGCUCGUCGGGAGCUUGGUGCUCCUGCGAAGGAAAGACCUCGUAUCCUCCGAGUACCUCCUCACCACCUUGUUUCCGAUUCUUGUAUCCACACCCAGCAAGAGCCUCAGGGCGGUGCUGUACCAGAAGAUUGUCAGUGACCUGCGCAACUCGAACUCGAAACACACAAACCACCCUCUCAACCGAACUGUGCAAAAUGUGCUCUCCAUCCUCAUCACCUCCGACAAGACGUCCCCCAAGGGAGUCUGGGCUGUGCGGUUGACGCGCGAGAUGUGGCGGCGGCAAAUAUGGACCGACGCGAAACCGGUGCAGGUCAUGAAGGAGGCUUGUCUAGCCGACAGCGAGAAGGUUGUGGUCGGAGGAGUCCGGUUCUUCCUGGGUGGCGACAAAGAGCGCGAGGAAAUGGAGGAUGACAGCAGUGAUGAUGACGCUGUCGACCUCAAGAAAAUGCAGCACCAACACGGCAUAAACAAGAAGUCCAAGAAGCAAGCAAGGCAAUACAAGAGUGCUGUCGAAAAGGUCAAGAAGCAAGAGCGCAAGAAAUCACAGCCACAUCCGCUGAACUUUUCUGCUCUGCACUUGCUUCAUGACCCCCAGGGUUUCGCCGAGCAGCUGUUCCAGAAGCACCUGCUGAAUACCAAGACAAAGCUGGCCUUGGAGAGCAAGCUGCUUGUGCUGCAACUGGUCACUCGGCUGGUUGGCUUGCAUAAACUCACCGUCAUCAACCUCUAUUCUUGGUUUAUCAAAUUCCUCACGCCCAAACAGCAAUCCGUUACAACCUUUCUGGCAUGUCUGGCUCAGGCAACGCACGAUCUUGUUCCACCCGACGCCUUGGAGCCUUUGAUCAUGAAGAUUGCGAACGAGUUUGUCUCGGAAGCAGCCGCGUCUGAAGUUGCAGCAGCUGGUCUGAACUCCAUUCGCGAAGUCUGUGUGCGCCAGCCUCUAGCUAUGACUGAGACGCUGCUGCAAGACUUGGUACAGUACCGAAAGAGCAAGGACAAGGGCACAAUGAUGGCCGCAAAGGGCCUGUUGUCUCUGUACCGUGAGGUCGGUGCAGAGAUGCUCAGAAAGAGAGAUCGUGGCAAGAAUGCUACCAUGAAUCUACGGAGUGGAGAACUGCAACAGCGGAAGUUUGGAGAACAGGAUGUCGGUGGUAUUGAAGGUCUCGACCUGCUCGAGAAGUGGAAGGAGGAAGAAAAGAAGCGGAAACGGGUGGCCAAGGGCCUGCCAGAAGAAGCCGGUAGCGGCGAGGACGAGGAAGCCGAUGUUUCCGACGAUAGCGACUGGGAGGUUGAUUCUGUGGCCAGCAGUGAUUCCGGUGGCUGGAUCGCCGUGUCAAGCGAGAGCGAGGACGACGAGCCAGCGACCAAGCGUCAGAGGAAAGGUUCAUCAGAGGCACCAGAGCUCGUGGACGCAGACAAGCCCAGCGCGGCGGCAGAGGUCGAGCGGAUGUCCAAGCUCGCUACAACCACCAUCCUCACGCCAGCGGAUCUGGCCAAGCUGCAGGAGCUGCGCGUGCAGGCCAACCUCGACAAGGCCAUGGGCAACCGCUCCAAGCACGCCCGGGAGCUCGCGGCCCGCCACGCCGACGACCCCCUGACGGCCGAGCAGAUUGAGCUGCCCGCGAAACUGCGCAAGACGACCAAGGAGGAGAGGAUCGCCCUGGCCAGGGAGGGCAAGCCGAACCGGGACGAGCACAAAUCCACGCAGGCUAUCCGCAAGUCCAAGAAGGAGGCAGAGGGCAAGUCGACGUCGAAUAAGGAGAAGGCCAGGAAGAAGAACUUCCUGAUGACGAUCGGGAAGGCGAAGCAGAAGCACAAGAGGAGUCUUGUGCAGACCAGGAAGGUACUGCAGGAUCAUGUUAAUAGGAGCAAGAGGGGCGGGAAAAGGGGUAACAACAAUUGAGAAGUCUAGUUGCUUGAUGUUCGGGAUGUCCCUCUUCUUGCUUAGCUGGGUAGACUACUCAAAGAAUAUAAUCAGCAGCUUCCAAAA